GUCAUCAACAAAACAAAUCGUCAAAUUGGGCUGCAACAGCAAUCGAUUUUUCAAAAUAAUUUUGUCUUUCACUAACCAUUAAUAGAUUAUUGAUUUCGUAUAAUAAUCGCCAUUUGUAUCGCCAUAGGAACGUAUCAAACAUGACAAAAAAGUCAAUAACACUGGAAGUCGAUCCGACUAUAAUGGAAAGAAAUAUGAGAAUAAUUACUGAAUCCCCCAUGGAAGAAGAGAUAAACAAACUUCUGGGGACAGUUGAUCCCUAUCCAUCCAAACUAGUUAAACCAACUCCAGGCUUUUGUGUUAAGACCUACACCAAACCAGACAACAAGAAAGUGUUCAUAAACAUCUGCCUUACUGAUGCCAUCCCGUGUCCGAGAGACAUCACCAACGAGGAGCUGAUGCAGAUCCUCAGCUCCGAAGACCCCUCCAGCUACCGGGUGCCAAUGAGCAUUGGUGAAGGAAGAACAGAACCCGACAAGUCUGGAUCUCCAGCCACAGUUUAUGAUGUUGCUAUAAACCCUAAAUUCUUCAAAAAGAUUGAGAAAGAUGAUCUAUUCCAAACAUUCUUCUUAACUGUGGUGUUUGAGGGUUUACAAGACAAGUACCAGUUUGAGAUAGACAUGCAGAACAAUGUGGUUCUGAAGCACAGGAAGUCUAUUGGUACGCUGCAGUCGCACCGCAUCCAGAUACGUGACGUGAAGACUUGUGAAGCCACCAUGAAGCCCCCACUGAUCGAGGAGCUUGGUGGUGGUGAUGCCGUCACUGCGGCUCCAGGGUCACCUGCCAAGAGGGAGAUUGUGUACAGACUACGCCGGGAGCCUCCCACUGGGGAGAUUGAUUACCUGCUAGCUGAAUUUAAAAUACCUGCUGCUGUGGAGCUAAAAGACCUGGUGCUGGAGGUGGGCGAGGACCGGCUGGUGCUGGACUCCCGCGGCAGGUUCGACGUGGUGGACUUCUUCCUGCCCUGCAGCGUGGACCAGGACGUCAUCGAUGCCAAGCUGAACAGGAAUAGCGAUAUGUUAAUAGUGAAAAUGCCAGUUAUUCACUAAACUACACCUUAUUAAUGUUAAUUAAGUUAAUGUUACUACACUAAUAUAGCAGAUCUUCUUACCUGUAUAGUAUAAAACACUCAAAUUAUGGAAAAGUAAGUGUUAGGAUUGAGUUUAAUCCAUAGUUCCUAAUUUUGCCGUUGGUAGAUUGUACGUUAGUACUAAUUACCGUGAAAUAAGAUUAUAUUCUAUUUCGGCUAAUGAAGGACUUUGGGCAUUCACUACAAUUUGAUUAUUACUAAAUAAAACAUUUUGAAUGUUAAAA